UGGUUUCUGAGUUUCGAAGGCUAAAACAUGAACGUAAGAGUCCAAAUUCCUCCUGUUCCUCCUCGCCAAAGUAAUAUGGGCGACAAAAAGAUCCUCUGUAUUGGUCUAGUUUGUCUGGAUAUCAUCAAUGUGUUGGACAAGUACCCGGAAGAAGACACUGACAACAGGUGCCUAUCUCAACGUUGGCAACGUGGGGGGAACGCGUCGAACUCGUGCACGGUGCUGGCACUACUCGGGGCUCCCUGCGCGUUCUUGGGCUCCCUUGCGCCUGGGCCCGUAGCAGACUUCAUUGUGGGCGAUUUCAUCAAACGUGGAGUGGACAUUUCCACUGUUGCUUGGCAACAAGAGGGCGAGACUCCGUGUGCGUGCUGUGUCGUGUGUACCGCCAGCGGCUCACGCACAGUUGUGCUCUCUGACAUGAACCUCCCUGACAUCACAGCAACAGACUUCUCUAAGGUGGACCUGACCCAGUACAGUUGGAUUCACUGGGAGGGUCGGAAUGCAGAGGAGCAGGUGAAGAUGAUCCAGCAGGUGGCUCUGUUCAACAUGUCUUUGCCACAGCAACAGAGGAUCACCAUCUCUUUGGAGAUAGAGAAGACAAUGGAGCCGCUAUAUCAGCUGUUUCCCUACGGUGACAUAGUGUUUAUUAGUAAGGAUGUGGCCAUGCACUUUGGAUUCCAUUCGGCAGCCAGUGCACUACAGGAACUCUACCAUCGCGUGAAGAAGGGUGCUGUCCUCAUAUGUGCCUGGGCAGAGAAAGGAGCAGAUGCCCUAGGUCCUGAUGGAGUCAUCGUCCACUCUGAUGCCUUUUCUCCAGAGGUCUUGGUGGACACACUGGGAGCAGGAGACACCUUUAACGCAUCUGUCAUCUAUUGCCUGUCUCACGGAGGAAGUUUACGGGAAGCACUGAUGUUUGGUUGCCAGGUUGCUGGCAGGAAGUGUGGUGUCCAUGGAUACGACGGAAUCGUGGAGCAAAAAAAGUGAUAACAGGGGAGAAAAGACAACCUGUCAAAACUUAAAUUUUCAUUUGUGAUUUGGGGCCACAAAUGUUUUUUUUUCCAGGCAAACCAACGAUGAUGACCGUAUGAGGGAACAAUCAGUAAAUAACAGUUCUUGAAUCUGACACUAAUGCUGUAUCACCUGGUACCAACUCUUUUUUUUAUGCUGAUCUGUCCAAAACCUCUGGUGUAGACAGUGCUACAGUAUUAGUAGUAUGGUAACUACAGAAAGGGUGUAUCCAUGUGUACAGGACAAACAGCACUUAACCUUAUAAACGACUCCUAAAUCAAACCAGAGUUUAUGCUUUUCAAGCAUUGUGUACUGUGUGUGUGUCUGUGUGAGUAAGUUUGUGCAUGUGUAUGCACAUUUCUCUGUGUGAGACAGAGAAAGUGAGUCAUUGCUUUUACAGCUCUACAGUGACCUACAGUAAAUGUUGUGUUAAUAAUACACAGUGACACCAUCAAUAAGGGUGUGUGUGUGAAUAUGAAAUAUAAACAGGAUAUCUAUCAGUACCCCACCCUGUCGUAACCACACAGCUGGUGUGCGUGCAUGUGUGGGUGAGUAGAUUCCAGCCUCAAACCCUAACUUCUCUCCUGGUCUCUCACUUGGCUGCCAUCUUUCUCAUACUCCUGUUGAGUGUGAAUAUAAUUCAGUUACUCUUGACAUACUCCUGUGUCUUUAAUAUCUUGAAAGACAGUACCAAGUGUUGGGUUUACGUCUCUUUGUCUCCCUCUUGGAAUCAGAUUAAAAAGAAAUGUGUCUUCAAAGGCCUGGUCGUCGACAGGGCAGUUCAGGUAUACUUUUUAGUACAGUUCUGUAGAUCAGAUAACAGGCUCUACAACAACAGCCGCCUGACUUCUACAUGCCCUUCUCUCCUCUCUAUCAGUAACAGCUCCACCUUCUGUCACUUUGAGUUCACUAAGCGUCUUACUCUCUUUCCCUCUCAGUAGCUAUUCCACUAUUUUCCCACUCCCCCCCACACUCUCAUUCUCACUUCCUCUCUUUCUUAGGCAGUCUCUCUCACUUAGUUUCUGGCUCACAAUAACAGCCCACCUCAUCUAGAUCCUGCAUGCUGCUCAUCUAAAUCCUGGCUGGUUUCUGGUACCUUGACAACCAACCAAAUUCUAAACUAAGACAAAAGGAUGUUGGCACAUCAGUAAACAUACUCUGUUGUGCCAAGUUCCAAAACAAAUGGGAUGUUUGGUUUGAAUAGGUUGUAGACUGCAACACCUUACUCUCUUAACUCCCUUAUCAACAAAUUGAGAAAGAAAUGAUGCAGUUUCAGGACUCUGAACAGACUCAUACACAGAGAGUAUGUGGCUGUAAGUAUUUAUUUCACCCAUACGUGUUGUCAAAAUUCCAUAUUCAAGGUAACAAUUUAAAUUAUUUGGGUAAAGGCGAGGAACUUCAGUUAAAGACAGCUGCCCCUUAUCCAGUCCGACUUUUGAUGAGACGUCCUACCACUUAUCCUGGCAAACUGUAAACAAACUUUUCUCUCCCAUACAUCUGCCCUAGGGAGUGAUGGAGUAGUUAAAAGUAGUAAGGCAUGUGCCCUGUGUCCCUUGUUUUUGGUCCAAGUAUCAGUUUGAGAUGAGCAGGAAUAGUCUGGUCUUAGAACUGCACUCCUGAUCUGAAACACGCAGCCUGAUCCUGUCAUAGAUGAGUGGGAGGAUGUUAGAGUGUUACACCAUACACCCAGGCUAUGCUGUCUCUGGUGAGUAUCACAAGGUUAUGUCAGGGCCAGGAGGAAAGUGUAAUGGACCUCCUCUCCUUUGUCUUCCCUCCCUUCUCUAUUUUCUCCUCCCAUCUCGCCUCUUUCCUUUCUUCUCUCCAUCCUCUACACUUUUCUCUCGAUAUUAUCCUCUUCCUUCUCAUCUCUCCCUCCUCUGCUAUCUCAGUGGGCACCCUUAUUUAUAUUUCUAUGUAAUGCCUUAAUUUGAUAUUCUUAACCCAUUAAAGGAGAGCAGUGCUUUCUUUUUUCAAAGCAGCUUCCUUUACGAUAAACUAAUUUCUUGUUGCCCUUGGCUGCCGCUCAAUACAUCUUGUACCUGGGGGACAGGAGAAACUGGGAGUAAGGAGAAGAGGAUUAGGUUGAGGAGGAUGAACGGGGUAAGGCAGAAGGAAGACACUGAGGCCCUCAUGUACGUACAUUUGCAAACAUAAUGUUGUCAGCGCCAUGGCUAACCCUCAAAAAGUGCACGCUGUGAUACUUCAGCUUACGUCAUAUUUACCAAACCUGCAGUUUAUCGGGUAAUCAGCGCCUUUCUCCGCCCACUAUACCGUAAAUUGCGAGCAUUUAAAUGCGCAAUUGAAUGGGCCUCCUCUCUAUCAUGGAUCAGCCACCAAAGUCAAAACUAGCCAAGCAUUAAGUACUUGUGCUAUGAUACGGCUGAGUCUAGACUGUGAUAUUCCCACCGAUGAUCCUAUGACUGUUUGAAAUGAUCCUCAUGCCAAUACUUGUAAUGUAGCGAGGAGUUUAACAACUGCUGGAAUGGAAUGUGAAUGCUAAGUCGGAGAUUCAAUGUCAUAUUUGAUUUCUUCCAGUAACUGUAACAUUGUGUGACGAUAUAUAACGAACGUAGCCACGCUCCGUCACGACAACGUGUCGUUCGCAAGUCACUGGGCUCGAACGCACAACCUCCGACUUGCCAAGUGCGACCACUACCAACUACGCCAAAGAAAAGCUAGCUAUCCGUUGACGCGGGUGGCCCAUUACAUACCUGAAGAGUGAGUUUCACCGAUUCACACCGGUUACAUUCACCCCUCUGAAACUCACUCCGGCGGUUAGCCGAUGCCAACCUCGUGAGAUCCGGGUCACGGCACCAUUGUGACGUUAUGUAACGGACGUAGCCACGCUCCGUCACGACAAGAUGUAGUUUGCCAGUCACUGGGCUCGAACGCACGCCCUCCGACUUGCCAAGCGCGACCACUACCAACUAGGCCACAGAAAAGCUAACUAUUCGUUGACGUGGGUGGCCCAUUACAUACCUGUGGAGUGAGUUUCACCGAUUCACACGGGUUACAUUUGCAUGGCUGCUUAAUCGUAACGUGUAAUGAUUUGUGUUCACUCAACUGAAAAAGUUUGAUCCUUGUGACAAAAAUCCUUUCAGUUCUUUUCCUUGGCCUAUGGGUUCGUCUUGCUCGGAUUACUGCUGCCAUUUUACUAGGAGGCAUAUGCGAGGAAACCUGCAUCCUGGUUUACACCUGCUUUAAGGGGCGGAGAUUUUUCACCACAAAAUAGAAGGCGUUUUUUGCACAUAUCGCGGAAUACAUAAUUAGGCGCACUUUACACAUCCCCUCCAUCUCUUUAUGGGAAACACUUUUGCCUUGACCCUCCCGUGAAUGCAUAUGCAUGACACGGAAAAACGCAAUUUGCCAUUUUCAGUUCCCGUGACCAGCAGUCUGUGAUUUUACCUCAGUACAUACAUGUUUGUACAUACCUUGCCAUGCUUUUAAGCGCACGUUGCGAAAUAAAUACGCCUGAAGUGGGCGCAAAAGCAUGAGGCCCUGAAUUUGAUCUCUCAUAAAGUCAGACUGAGCACUAUUUAGACUUUCUAUCAAGUAAAAUGAUGUAAUCCUAGAUUAUAUAAUGCCAUCUAAUGGACUCUCUGACUGACAUGGGCUUCUGUGUGUAGAACCACCAAGUUGUUCCUCCUUGAUUUGGUGGCAAAAACGUUCUGUUGAUCAUAGCUGAUGGCUGAACAAUGAGGAUUCUAUGUUAGUACAGCUGCAUAAAAGUUUUACAAUUAUUUAAGGCAUGAUGUCAUAUAGCAAAGGCACGGCAUGGCACACACAUAGUAUAUGGCUGGAAUAAAGGAAUUCUCGUAGGUGUACUAAACA